AUGUCUACCAAAUCUUACAACGUCGGUGUUGUUGGCUACGGCUUCAGCGCAAAGAUCUUCCACAUUCCCUUCGUGAAAGAGGUCCCCGAGCUCAAGCUCUACGCCAUUGUCCAGCGCACUCCCAAGCCCAACGAUGAUGCUGAGAAGGACCACCCGGGCGUGAAGUCCUUCCGCACCGCCGAAGAGAUGGUACAAGACCCUGCAAUUGAUGUAGUGAUCAUCACCACCGCCCCGGAUUCCCACUUCGCCCUCUCCAAGCUGGCACUGGAGGCCGGCAAGCACGUCGUCUGCGAAAAGCCCUUCACCCCCACCACCCAGGAAGCCGAUGAUCUCGUCGCCAUUGCAAAGAAGAACAACAAGCAGCUCGCCGUGUUCCAAAACCGCCGCUGGGACGCCGACUUCGUCACCCUCUCCAAGCUCGUCAAGAACGGCUCCCUCGGCCGCAUCUCCGAGUACGAAACCCACUUCGACCGUCACCGCCCCGAGGAGCCCGCCGCCGAUGCCCACGCCUGGAAGAAUAAGGUUAUCCCCGGCGGCGCCGCCAUCUACGAUCUCGGUGCCCACCUCCUCGAUCAAGCCGUGUACCUCCUCGGCCUGCCCAAGCGUAUUACCGGCUUCAUCGGCUCCGCCCGCGAGGUCAACACCUCUUCCUACGAGGAUGCCUUCACCGUUCUGCUGCACUACGCCAACGGCACGAUGGUCACCGCCAAGGCGACCGUCGUCAGCCCCGAGGAUGAGCAGCUGCGCUUCUGGGUACGCGGUGAGAAGGGUAGCUUUAAGAAGUACCACCUCGAUAUCCAGGAGGAUCAGCUCAAGGCUGGUAUCAUGCCAGGUGAUAAGGGCUAUGGUCGUGAGCCCCAGGAGCGCUACGGUACUUUGACUACCAUCCAAGAUGGCAAACCCGUUAAGGAAGUUGUUCCUACCGUUGAACCCCCUACUUAUACUGAGUACUACCGCAAGCUUGUGCGCGCUCUCGAUGGCGAGGGUGACCUUCCUGCUAGUGGUGCUGAGGCUCGUGAGGUGAUUCGUUUGAUUGAGUUGGCUCGUGAGAGCUCUCGUACCGGUCAAACCUUGGAUGUGUAA